AUGGAAACCAGUUUGAUUGAUUUAUCUGACUUUUUCUAUCUUGUCCAGAUGCAUUAUGUUGGAACUGUUAACGUGGUGCCUAAUACUGUAAGUUGCGUUCUUAUACCUUUCAGUUUGACAGUGCAUCCGGUGGAAAUCCUGGACCAGCUGGUGCAGGAGCUGUACUGCUUUCUGAAAAUGGGACUGUGGACUCAAACAAGCUAUAAGGAAAGGAUGUAUGAACAUCACUAUCCAGGGAGACUCCCAGCUUGUUAUCAACCAGUUUCAGGGGUCUGGAAAAUCAACAAUGCGCAUUUAAGGAAUUUAUGUGACGAGGCUUUGGAACUAAAGAAUAGCUUGCGCUCAUUCCACAUCCAAUACAUUCCUAGGGAAUAUAACACUGAAGCUGAUGCUCAAGCCAACCGUGCCAUCAAUCUCCGAGAUGGACAGGUUGAAGAAGAUCGUCUCUAAUCUCGAUUAAUGAUCAUCUGACAGCAUGCCACUGUCAAAAACUCUUGGCAACUAUGUUACAUUUCUGUCUAUGAAUUUAGCAUAAUGGGUGUU